UACUGGCCUCUGAGGAGCUAUCACGUCCCUAUGACCACUGCAAGCUACAGGCGAAGCCAAGCUUAGCACAGCUCCCAGCAGAGGUGGAAGGUCAGGGGAGGGGCCGAACUUUCUUCUGUCCGGAGCACUAUCUGAGCUGCACUGGGCGCCUGAAGCCCUGGUCCUCCUGCGGGCCGUCGCAGCCACCGCCUAGCCCGCAGCUUCAGGGUCUAGUGCAAAGUGCCGUGUCAUUGGGAAAGCUGGUGGCUGGGGCAUUGAAUUACAGUUCCAUGGAGCUGGAAUAGGACUGCGUGGGUGGGGAACGAACAGAAGCCCCUGUUCUGUUCGCAACGCACUCUGACUAGCCUGACUAGCUAGCGGGGUGAGGCAGUUGGAGGCGGGGUCCUAGCCUAGCCCACUGGUGCCGCUUGGACUACCCAGUUCCUCUUCAGGACAGCACCUGUGAGGCAGGAGCCAUACAUCCAAGUCAACCUCGCUCCGCUUGCGUCUUGACCCUGUCCCUCCUGCUUCGCGAUGCUGCGAGUCUUCAUCCUCUUCGCGGAGAAUGUCCACACCCCGGACACCGACAUCAGCGAUGCCUACUGCUCCGCGGUGUUUGCAGGGGUGAAGAAGAGAACCAAAGUCAUCAAGAACAGUGUGAACCCGGUGUGGAACGAGGGCUUUGAGUGGGACCUCAAGGGCAUUCCUCUAGACCAGGGCUCAGAACUGCACGUGGUGGUCAAGGACCAUGAGACGAUGGGGAGAAACAGGUUCCUGGGGGAAGCCAAGAUCCCACUCCAGGAGGUCCUUGCCACCCCCAGCCUGUCUGCCAGCUUCAACGCACCUCUUCUGGACACCAAGCAGCAACCCACAGGGGCCUCUCUGGUCCUGCAGGUGUCCUACACGCCACCCCCUGGAGCUGUUCCCUUGUUCCCACCACCCGCUUCUCUGGCACCCUCCCCGACGCUGCCUGACAUGGACCUGGUUGCUGGUGGGGGACAGAGCCGGGCUGAGACUUGGUCCCUGCUCAGUGACAGCACCAUGGACACACGAUACUCUGGGAAGACCUGGCCAGCCCCCACGGACACAGGAGGGGAGGAAGACAUCGAGGACCAGGGGCUGACUGGAGAUGAAGCCGAGCCGUUCCUGGAUCAGAGUGGUGCUGUAGGCCCGGUGGGACCGACCACACCCAAGAAGCCACCUUCCCACCCUCCUCCACAUCACCCAGGGGCUAAAAGGAAGAGAAGCUCAGCCCCGCCCAGGAAGCUGCUGUCUGACAAGUCACAGGACUUUCAGAUUAGAGUCCAGGUGAUAGAGGGACGCCGGUUGCCUGGGGUGAACAUCAAGCCUGUGGUCAAGGUCACAGCUGCUGGGCAGACCAAGCGGACUCGUAUCCAGAAGGGAAAUAGCCCACUCUUCAAUGAGACUCUUUUCUUCAAUGUAUUUGACUCUCCCUCAGAGCUGUUUGAUGAGCCCAUCUUCAUCACGGUGGUGGACUCACGCUCCCUUAGGACAGAUGCCCUCCUUGGCGAGUUCCGGAUGGAUGUGGGCACCGUGUACAGAGAGCCCCGACACGCUUAUCUCCGGAAGUGGCUGCUACUCUCUGAUCCUGAAGACUUCUCUGCAGGGGCCAGAGGCUACCUCAAAGCCAGCCUGUGUGUGCUAGGGCCUGGAGAUGAAGCUCCUCUUGACAAGAAAGACCCUUCCGAAGACAAGGAGGACAUUGAAGGUAACCUGCUUAGGCCCACCGGUGUGGCGCUUCGUGGAGCUCACUUCUGCCUGAAGCUCUUCCGGGCUGAGGACUUACCCCAGAUGGAUGAUGCUGUGAUGGACAACGUCAAGCAGAUCUUUGGCUUUGACAGCAACAAGAAGAACUUGGUGGACCCCUUUGUGGAAGUCAGUUUUGCUGGCAAAAUGCUCUGCAGCAAGAUCCUGGAGAAGACAGCUAACCCUCAGUGGAACCAGAAUAUCACAUUGCCUGCGAUGUUUCCCUCUAUGUGUGAAAAAAUGAGGAUUCGGGUCAUGGACUGGGACCGCCUCACUCACAAUGACACUGUGGCCACCACCUACUUGGGCAUGUCGAAAAUCUCUGCCACUGGAGGAGAAAUAGAAGAGGAGCCUGCAGGUGUACUCAAGCGGCCACAAGCCACAGACCUGGACGACAACCUGGGCUUCCUCCCCACUUUUGGGCCCUGCUAUGUGAACCUCUAUGGCAGUCCCCGGGAGUUCACGGGCUUUCCAGAUCCUUAUGCAGAGCUCAACACAGGAAAGGGAGAAGGCGUGGCUUAUCGAGGCCGGCUUCUGUUGUCCCUGGAGACCAGGCUGGUGGAGCACAGUGAGCAGAAAGUGGAAGACCUUCCUGCUGAUGAUAUCCUGCGAGUGGAGAAGUACCUGCGAAGGCGCAAAUAUUCCCUCUUUGCUGCCUUCUACUCGGCCACGAUGCUGCAGGAUGUGGAUGAUGCCAUCCAGUUUGAGGUCAGCAUUGGGAACUACGGGAACAAGUUUGACACUACUUGCCUGCCGCUGGCCUCCACCACCCAGUACAGCCGGGCAGUCUUUGACGGCUGCCACUAUUAUUAUUUGCCUUGGGGCAAUGUGAAACCAGUGGUGGUGCUUUCCUCAUACUGGGAAGACAUCAGCCAUCGAAUUGAAACUCAAAACCAACUCCUCAGGAUCGCUGACCGGCUGGAAGCUAGCCUGGAACAGAUCCACCUGGCUCUGAAGGCACAGUGCUCCACCGAGGACAUGGACGCCCUGGUGGCUCAGUUGACAGAUGAGCUCCUUGCAGACUGCAGCCAGCCGCUGUGUGACAUCCAUGAAAUACCUUCUGCCACCCACCUUGACCAGUACCUGUUCCGGCUACGCACCCGUCACCUGAGCCAGAUCAAAGAAGCUGCUCUGGCCUUGAAGCUUGGCCACAGUGAGCUCCCUGCCAUCCUGGAGCAGGCUGAGGACUGGCUCCUACAUCUCCGUGCCCUGGCUGAGGAGCCCCAGAACAGCCUGCCAGACAUCAUCAUCUGGAUGCUGCAGGGUGACAAGCGCAUGGCCUACCAACGGGUGCCCACCCAUGAAGUGCUCUUCUCCCGGCGGGGCCCCGGCUACUGCGGCAGGAACUGUGGGAAGCUGCAGACCAUCUUUCUGAAAUAUCCUAUGGAAGGUGUGCCUGGGGCCCGGAUGCCCGUGCAGAUCCGGGUCAAGCUCUGGUUUGGGCUCUCUGUGGAUGAGAAAGAAUUCAAUCAGUUUGCCGAAGGGAAGCUCUCUGUCUUUGCUGAAACGUACGAGAACCAGACAAAGCUGGCGCUGGUCGGGAACUGGGGCACAACGGGCCUCACCUAUCCCAAGUUUUCUGACGUCACAGGCAAGAUCAAACUGCCAAAGGACAGCUUCCGCCCAUCAGCUGGCUGGGCCUGGGCAGGAGACUGGUUCGUGUGUCCAGAGAAAACCCUGCUCCAUGAUGCUGAUGCUGGUCAUCUGAGCUUUGUGGAGGAGGUUUUUGAGAACCAGACCCGGCUACCCGGAGGCCAGUGGAUUUAUAUGAGUGACAACUACACUGACGUGAAUGGGGAGAAGGUGCUUCCGAAGGAUGAUAUUGAGUGCCCACUGGGCUGGAAGUGGGAAGAUGAAGAGUGGUCCACAGACCUCAAUCGGGCUGUUGAUGAGCAAGGCUGGGAAUACAGCAUCACUAUACCCCCGGACCGAAAGCCAAAACACUGGGUCCCUGUUGAGAAGAUGUAUUACACCCACAGGCGUCGGCGUUGGGUCCGACUGCGCAGAAGGGACCUCAGCCAGAUGGAGGCACUGAAGAGGCACAGGCAGGCGGAGGCUGAGGGCGAAGGUUGGGAGUAUGCCUCUCUCUUUGGCUGGAAGUUUCACCUGGAGUACCGCAAGACAGAUGCCUUCCGCCGCCGCCGCUGGCGCCGCCGAAUGGAGCCGCUGGAGAAGACCGGGCCUGCAGCUGUGUUUGCCCUUGAGGGGGCCCUGGGCGGCAUGGUGGACGACAAAAGUGAUGAUUCCAUGUCUGUUUCUACCCUGAGCUUUGGCGUUAACAGACCCACAAUCUCCUGCAUCUUUGACUAUGGAAACCGCUACCAUCUGCGUUGCUACCUGUAUCAGGCCCGAGACCUGCCAGCCAUGGACAAGGACUCCUUCUCUGAUCCCUACGCCAUCGUCUCCUUCCUGCACCAAAGCCAGAAGACAGUGGUGGUGAAGAACACCCUGAAUCCCACCUGGGACCAAACCCUUAUCUUCUAUGAGAUUGAGAUCUUCGGUGAGCCAGCCAGCGUCGCCGAGCAGCCACCCAGCAUUGUGGUGGAGCUGUACGACCAGGACACCUAUGGUGCUGACGAGUUCAUGGGUCGCUGUAUUUGUCAGCCAAGCCUGGAACGGAUGCCCCGACUGGCCUGGUUCCCACUGACCAGGGGCAGCCAGCCUGCUGGCGAGCUUCUGGCAGCGUUCGAGCUGAUCCAGAGAGAGAAGAUGCAUGAAACUUCAAGGACUCUGGAUGAGACGGAGGACACAGACUUGCCUUACCCACCACCCCAGAGAGAGGCUAACAUCUACAUGGUACCCCAGAACAUCAAACCAGCGCUCCAGCGUACAGCCAUCGAGAUCCUGGCCUGGGGCCUGCGGAACAUGAAAAGCUAUCAGAUGGCCAGCGUCUCUUCCCCCAGCCUUGUGGUGGAGUGUGGUGGCCAGACAGUGCAGUCCUGUGUCAUCAGAAACCUUCGGAAGAACCCCAACUUUGAUGUCUGCACCCUGUUCAUGGAAGUGAUGUUACCCCGAGAGGACCUAUACUGUCCCCCUAUUGUGGUCAAGGUCAUUGAUAAUCGUCAGUUUGGCCGCCGGCCAGUUGUGGGCCAGUGUACCAUUCACUCCCUGGAGAGCUUCCUGUGUGACCCUUACUCAGCAGAGAGCCCGUCCCCACAGGGUGGCCCAGAUGAUGUUAGUUUACUCAGCCCAGGGGAAGAUGUGCUCAUUGACAUCGACGACAAGGAGCCCGCAGCCCCAAUGCAAGAGGAGGAGUUCAUUGACUGGUGGAGCAAAUUCUUCGCUUCUGUCGGGGAGAGGGAGAAGUGUGGCUCCUACCUGGAGAAGGACUUUGACACCCUGAAGGUCUAUGACACACAGUUGGAGAAUGUGCAGGCUUUUGGGGGCCUGACAGACUUUUGUAACACCUUCAAGCUCUACCGGGGCAAGACUCAGGAGGAGACAGAAGACCCGUCUGUCAUUGGAGAAUUUAAGGGUCUCUUCAAAAUUUAUCCCCUCCCAGAAGAUCCAGCCAUCCCCGUCCCCCCGAGACAGUUCCACCAGCUGGCUGCCCAGGGUCCCCAGGAAUGCUUGGUCCGUAUUUACAUCGUCCGAGCAUUUGGCUUACAACCCAAGGACCCCAAUGGCAAGUGUGACCCUUACAUCAAGAUCUCCCUAGGGAAGAAAUCUGUGAGUGACCAGGAUAACUACAUCCCUUGCACUCUGGAGCCGGUAUUUGGAAAGAUGUUUGAACUUACCUGCACCCUACCUGUGGAGAAGGACCUGAAGAUCACACUCUACGACUAUGACCUCCUCUCCAAGGAUGAGAAGAUUGGGGAGACAGUCAUUGACCUAGAGAACAGGCUGCUGUCCAAGUUUGGGGCUCGCUGUGGCCUCCCACAGACCUACUGUGUCUCUGGACCAAAUCAGUGGAGAGACCAGCUCCGCCCCUCCCAGCUCCUCCACCUCUUCUGCCAGCAGCAUAGAGUCAAGGCCCCCGUGUACCGGACAGACCGAGUGACGUUCCAGGAUAAGGAAUACACCAUCGAGGAGAUAGAGGCUGGUAGACUCCCAAACCCACACCUGGGCCCGGUGGAGGAACGUCUGGCCUUGCAUGUCCUUCAGCAACAAGGCCUGGUCCCUGAGCAUGUGGAGUCGCGGUCUCUUUAUAGCCCUCUGCAGCCAGAUAUUGAGCAGGGGAAGCUACAGAUGUGGAUUGACCUCUUUCCAAAGGUGCUGGGCCGGCCUGGACCUCCUUUCAAUAUCACUCCACGGAGAGCUAGAAGGUUUUUUCUGCGUUGUAUUAUUUGGAACACAAAAGAUGUGAUCUUGGACGACCUCAGCCUCACAGGAGAGAAGAUGAGUGACAUCUACGUGAAAGGCUGGAUGGUGGGAUUCGAAGAACACAAACAGAAGACGGACGUGCACUACCGCUCCCUGGGUGGCGAGGGGAACUUCAACUGGAGGUUUGUCUUUCCCUUUGACUACCUGCCCGCCGAGCAAGUCUGUGCUGUUGCCAAGAAGGAUGCCUUCUGGAGACUCGACAAGACAGAGAGCAAAAUCCCAGCACGUGUGGUCUUCCAGAUUUGGGACAAUGACAAGUUUUCCUUCGAUGACUUUCUGGGCUCCCUGCAGCUGGAUCUCAACCACAUGCCCAAGCCAGCCAAGACGGCUGAGAAGUGCUCCUUGGACCAGCUGGAUGACACCUUCCAUCCAGAAUGGUUUGUGUCCCUUUUUGAGCAGAAGACGGUGAAAGGAUGGUGGCCUUGUGUGACAGAGGAGGGUGAGAAGAAAGUCCUGGCGGGGAAGCUGGAAAUGACCUUGGAGAUCGUUGCAGAGAGUGAACACGAAGAACGGCCUGCUGGCCAGGGUCGGGAUGAACCCAACAUGAAUCCAAAGCUAGAGGAUCCAAGGCGCCCUGACACCUCUUUCCUGUGGUUCACCUCCCCGUACAAGACCAUGAAGUUCAUCUUGUGGCGGCGCUUCCGAUGUGCCAUCAUCCUCUUCAUCAUCCUCUUCAUCCUCCUCCUCUUCCUGGGUAUCUUUGUCUACGCCUUCCCGAACUAUGCUGCCAUGAAGCUGGUAAAGCCUUUCAGCUGAGGACAUUUGCUCUGGAGAAAGGGGCGCAGGCUGCCUUCUGGCCCAGGACCAUCUGCUCCUCCAUUCCUCUGGGAUCUGGUGGUCACCCUAUUUCAUCAUCUCUU